GAAAUAGCUUCCAUGUUUUCGACCAAGGCCAGUUUGCCAAGGAGGUCCUUCCCAAAUAUUUCAAACACAACAACAUGGCCAGCUUUGUGCGGCAGUUGAACAUGUAUGGUUUUCGAAAGGUGAUUCACAUCGAGCAGGGUGGCCUGGUAAAGCCCGAGAAGGAUGAUACUGAAUUCCAGCACCCCUACUUCCUCCGUGGCCAGGAACACCUCCUGGAGAACAUCAAGAGGAAAGUCACUAACGUAUCCAGCAUAAAGAGUGAAGAUAUUAAGGUUCGCCAGGACAGCAUGACCAAAUUGCUGACCGAUGUCCAAAUGAUGAAGGGCAAGCAAGAGAGCAUGGACUCCAAGUUGAUAGCGAUGAAGCAUGAGAACGAGGCACUGUGGCGAGAGGUGGCCAGUUUGCGACAGAAGCACGCCCAGCAACAGAAGGUUGUCAAUAAGCUUAUCCAGUUCUUGAUUUCCUUGGUGCAGUCCAAUCGUAUUCUUGGGGUGAAGAGGAAGAUCCCCUUGAUGUUGAACGACAGCAGUUCACCCCACGCCAUGCCAAAGUACGGCCGGCAGUAUUCCUUGGAGCACCUCCACAGCCCGUCCCCAUACUCGGCGUCCGCCCCGGCGUAUGGCGGCCCCAAGCUGUACUCGCCCGACUCCGGCCCAAUCAUCUCCGACGUGACUGAACUUGCCCAGUCCAGCCCUUCCCCCUGCCCCAGCGGCAGCAGCUUCGAGGAGGAGAGGAGCAGCCCCGUGGUCCGUAUCAAAGAAGAACCCCCGAGCCCCUCGCGCAGCCCCCCCGCAGCAGACGUCAGCCCCGCGGGCGCUCCUCUCUCGCCCUCGGCUUUCAUCGACUCCAUCUUCCAGGAGGACCAGCCGGGCAGCGCUUCCACCGCAGCUGCUUCGACCCACAGCACCCGAGCUCAGCCACAUGAAAAGUGCCUCAGCGUGGCCUGCCUCGACAAAAAUGAGCUGAGCGAUCACUUGGACACCAUCGAUUCCAGCCUGGACAAUCUUCAGACCAUGCUGACCACCCACGGCUUCAGCGUGGACACCAGCGCCUUGCUGGACCUCUUUAGUCCUUCCAUGGCAGUGACGGAUAUGAAUUUGCCGGAUCUCGACAGCAGCUUGGCUAGCAUCCAAGAGCUCCUCUCCUCCCAAGAGCAGCAGAAGCCAACCGAGGGGGAAGACUCCACAGCAGACGCAGGCAAACAGUUGGUGCAUUACACAGCCCAGCCCCUGUUCCUGGUGGACUCCAACCCUCUGGAUGUGGGCAGCGCGGACACGCCCAUCUUCUUCGAGCUGGGGGAGGGGCCCGGCUUUACGGAGGGAGAGGAAUGCUUGGAGGACCCCACCCUCUCCCUGCUCUCUGGGACGGAGCACCUGAAGCCGAAGGACCCCGCGGUCUCCUAAGCCCGAGCUACGUUGGACAGGCCUGCCGGCAGCCUCUGUUUGCCCUCCCGUGGCGGUGAGCCGCCUCAGGACGCGAGGGUCUGUGUGUGUGUGCUUCCCAAGGUGGCGUUGUGCGACCCUGCUUCCAAGACAGCAGCUCUGGGCAGGCACGGGGCUUGGAGGGACAUGCCCGGGGCCCAGGCCGUGGUGGCCAGAAGACACAUCUCCGCUGGCUGUGUGGCAGUCGCUCUUGAUGUGUUGAAGGUGAAUCCACCCCACAGGCAGACUCCUUGGCUCCUUGGGAGCCGGCGUCCCCAGUGCCCUCCGUCCGCACCAGGCCGAAGGGUUGGGUCUCUGGGUGACGUCUGCGGUCCUGCCUCCCAGGCACCCACAUGAGACGUCCCCCCUGCCCUUCCUCAGUGCGGUUUAUUUUAUUUCCCUUGGCUUAGCAGUAAAGGAUUUGUACAUUUACAUUUUGAUUGUUACUAGAAAAAAUGUAUUUUGAAUUUUUACAUAAGAGAAGAUGCCACCCUCCCCCUCCUCUCUCUCACAAUAUAAAUAUC